UGUGAUGAACACAGCUGGAACCUUCUCUUUGUCCUACUGUGGGUCCAACGUGGUCCACCAGUUCUUCUGUGACAUCCCCCAACUUAUGGCUAUUUCCUGCUCAGGAAAUUUAAUGAACGAACUUGUCCCCAUGUUCAUUAGUGCGGUGAUGGAUUCCUCUUGUUUUAUUUUCAUCGUAAUUUCCUAUGUCCACAUCUUCUCUGCUGUCAAGAAGAUCCCAUCCACAGAAGUACAGAUGAUGUCUCCAGAGGUGACCAAUCUCACGGCCGUGACAGAAUUCGUCCUCCUGGGGUUCCCCACUCAGGGGACCAUGGGCUUCUUGCACCCGCUGCUCUUCUCCCUGGUCUACCUGUGCGCCCUGCUGGGGAACGGACUCAUCGUCCUCAUCACCACCCUGGACCGGCACCUCCACACCCCCAUGUACUUCUUCCUGAGGAGUCUGUCCUUCUCGGACCUCUGCCUCAUCACAACCACGGUGCCCAAGUCCAUUGCCAACUCUCUGAGGCACAGCAGCUCCAUCUCCUUCCCUGGCUGUGUCGUCCAGGUCUUCAUGAUGGUUUUUUCGGCAGGUGCAGAGAUGACCCUGCUCACGGUGAUGAGCCUUGACCGCUAUGCUGCAAUCUGCCAACCCCUGCACUAUGAUGUCAUCAUGAGCAGGGACAGGUGUGUGCAGCUGACAGCUGUGUCCUGGCUGGGUGGGGGUCUCUAUGCUGUGAUGAACACAGCUGGAACCUUCUCCUUGUCCUACUGUGGGUCCAACGUGGUCCACCAGUUCUUCUGUGACGUCCCCCAGUUGUUGGCUAUUUCCUGCUCAGGAAAUCUAAUGAACAAACUUGUCCCCAUUCUCAUUAGUGUGGUGUUGAGUACCUGCUAUUUCAUUUUCAUCAUCAUUUCCUAUGUCCACAUCUUCUCUGCUGUCAGGAAGAUCCCAUCCACAGAAGGUAAGGCCAAAGUCUACUCCACCUGCCUGCCCCACCUGCUGGUUGUGGUGCUGUUUGUCUCCACUGGAUUCUUUGCUUAUCUGAAGCCGACCUCAGAGACCCCGUCCAUGUCUGACCUGGUCAUUUCUAUGUUCUACACGAUGGUACCCCCCACCUUUAAUCCGGUCAUAUACAGUCUGAGAAACCAAGCCAUGAAGUCGGCUGUUGGGAGACUGAUGAAGGGGAGACUCACCAAAAUGUAAUAGAGAAGAUGACUUCAUGACUCCAUUAUGAGACACAUAUUUUAAAUCUUCACAUCAUUCUCCCCUUUAUAUUUGUAUAGUUACA